UGAGCUUUCAGCCCGAUAUUGGUAGUUUCACUUCAGUUGUUUAACUCUGAGUAUACACAGAUUGAGGAUGAAAGUAUUUGUUUUGAUCUACACCAUAUUAGCUUUAGUGCCAGGCUUAAAAGGAAAUGAUUGCAAUCUUAAACCUUUUGUGCAAGGAUCAUGCCUGGAAUUGACAGACCUCUAUUCCUACGUCGAAAAUAGUAACGACUGUGUAUUCUGGCAGGGAUGCCUUAUGAAUGGUAAUCAUUUUACCAAAAAAGAGGAAUGCGAAGCCAAGUGCAAGCAAUAGUUAAACCGUUUUAAGAUUUGAAAAUGUUUUCAAUCAUAUGGA